AUGUCAGCUUGGGAUCUUGUGCAACAAUAUUCGCAAACCGCGCUGGCGCAGUUACCCGCGCCCGCACAGCAAUUGGUCCAAAAUCCCGUUGCGCAAAAGGCUGCUGGUGCAUUAUUGGGUCUGGGAUUGUUGCGUACCAUCAACAACUCUCUGACACAAUGGACUCUCAACAAUUGGACCUCCGCUGAGCCAUGGAGCAAUUCCCGGGAGCUCGUGCUCUUAACAGGUGGCUGCAGUGGCAUCGGGAAACAAGUCAUGCAGGAACUGUCGCGCAGAGGCGUACGAGUGGUUAUUCUGGAUAUCGUCGAGCCCAACUUCAAGCUCCCAGCGAACGUGGCAUUCUACCGUGCCGAUAUCACAAACUCCGCAAACAUUGCAGAAGUUGCCAAGUCGAUUCGCACCGACCAUGGAGAACCGACCGUUCUGAUCAACAACGCCGGCGUUGGGAAUGACGGCACAAUUCUUGAAGAGACAGAGGCGAAGAUUCGCCAAAGCUUUGAAGUUAACACUAUCUCACACUUCCUUAUGGUCCGCGAAUUCCUCCCUGCCAUGGUCCGCGCCAACCAUGGCCAUGUUAUUACGAUCGCAAGUAUGGCCAGUUUUGUUGCUCUCGCUGAGAUGGCGGAUUACUGUUGCUCUAAAUCCAGUGCGCUCGCUUUCCACGAGACUCUGCGACAAGAGUUGAACUAUUAUUACAAGGCGCCACGCGUACGUACCAGUAUCAUUCACCCCUACUGGGUCCGGACCCCCAUGAUCAAGGUCUUGACUGACUGGGAGAAAGAAUUUGGCCAACCCAUCAUGACCGUGGACAAGGUGGCAAACGCGAUCGUCAAGCAGGUCCUCUCUCAGAACAGUGGCCAAGUCAUCCUUCCCAACCAUCUGUCGAUUGCCAGGAUAGUGCGCGCUAUGCCCACUUGGUUACAAGAACAUGUUCGUUCCAAGGAGUCUGCCAAGUUCAAGUACAUGCGAGAGCAACAGGAGCGUGCGGAGCGUGAAGAACGUGAACUCCAGAAAGCGUAA